CAAAGAGAGACGUACGUGUCCGUACGUCAGUCAUCUAAAAAGUCAAUUUUCUUCUAAAUCGAAUUGUUGGGACUGAUGUAUGAAAAUAUAAUUGUUGUGAGUUAUUAGGCUAGUUCGUAGUAUUAUCAGCGUCCAAGAUGCCGCAGACUUCAACUGCGAAGCCGGGCGAUGGCCACAGUAAAGGUUUAUUUCAAAAUACGGCCGGCUUCAGCACUCUAAUCACUGUUACGGUAUUGUCAUUGGCUUGGUUGGCCGGUUUCGCGUCCCGGCUAUUUGCUGUUAUACGUUUCGAGAGUAUAAUUCACGAGUUUGACCCAUGGUUCAACUACCGAUCCACGGCCUAUAUGGUGCAGCAUGGGUUUUACAAUUUCCUAAACUGGUUCGACGAGCGUGCGUGGUACCCUCUGGGGCGCAUCGUGGGGGGCACAGUGUACCCUGGUCUGAUGAUAACGUCGGGCACGAUACACUGGAUCCUGCACGCCUUAAAUAUUCCGAUACACAUUAGAGAUAUCUGCGUGUUCCUCGCGCCUGUGUUCAGUGGGUUAACAGCUAUAGCCACAUACCUAUUGACAUCAGAGCUGUGGUCUCGUGGCGCUGGUCUGUUUGCCGCUUGCUUUAUAGCCAUAGUACCUGGCUACAGCAGUCGUUCUGUAGCCGGCAGCUAUGAUAAUGAAGGAAUAGCUAUAUUUGCGCUCCAGUUUACUUACUACCUAUGGCUCAAGAGUUUGAAGAACGGGUCAGUUUUCUGGUCCAUCUGCACUGCAUUGUCAUACUUUUACAUGGUAUCAGCAUGGGGUGGUUACGUGUUUAUCAUCAACUUGAUCCCGCUCCACGUCUUCCUGCUGCUGAUCAUGGGCCGCUUCUCCCAGCGUCUCUUCGUCAGCUACUCAGUCUUCUACAUCGUCGGCCUGUUGCUCUCCAUGCAGAUACCCUUCGUCGGCUUCCAGCCUAUCAGGACCAGCGAACAUAUGGCUGCUUCAGGUGUAUUCGCCCUGUUGAUGGCCAUCGGUGCCCUCAAGUACCUCCACAGUCUGAACCCCAAAGGCCAAUGGAAGCAGCUGCUGAUCUUAGGAGGUCUCAUCGCUGCAGGCACCGUCUUCCUAGCCGUCGUACUACUAACUUACAUGGGAGUCAUCGCGCCGUGGAGUGGACGUUUCUACUCCUUAUGGGACACGACAUACGCCAAGAUCCACAUUCCUAUAAUCGCUUCGGUGUCUGAGCAUCAGCCUACAACAUGGUCGUCAUUCUUCUUUGAUCUGCACGUGCUGGUCUGCACCUUCCCUGUUGGCUUGUGGUACUGCAUCAAGAAUGUCAACGAUGAGAGAGUGUUUGUUGCACUAUACGCCCUAAGCGCGGUAUACUUCGCGGGUGUGAUGGUGCGCCUGAUGCUGACGCUGACGCCGGUCGUGUGCGUGCUGGCCGGCAUCGCCUUCUCCAUCCUCCUGGACCUGGUGCUCAAAGAGGACGAGAUACCGGUGCCGCAGGUCGAGACUGAAGAGUCCAAGAGCUUGUAUGAUAAGGCCGGCAAACUAAAGAAGCGUACUCACGAGCCGACACAGCCGCUGGACGCCGGCCUCGGUAUGAACGUGCGCUCGGUCACGCUCAUCCUCUUCAUGAUCCUGCUGAUGCUGUUCUGUGUCCACUGCACGUGGGCCACCUCCAACGCUUACUCCAGCCCUAGUAUCGUGCUCGCUAGCUAUGGUAAUGAUGGAUCCCGUAAAAUUUUGGACGACUUCAGAGAAGCUUACGGCUGGCUGUCACAGAACACCGCGGAAGACGCUCGUGUUAUGUCCUGGUGGGAUUAUGGAUAUCAGAUCGCAGGAAUGGGUAACCGAACAACAUUAGUCGACAACAACACGUGGAACAACUCCCACAUAGCGCUGGUCGGUAAAGCGAUGGCCAGUAACGAGACAGCCGCCUACGAGAUCAUGACGAUGUUGGAUGUGGACUAUGUGCUGGUCAUCUUCGGAGGGGCCAUCGGGUACUCGGGAGACGAUAUCAACAAGUUCAUAUGGAUGGUCAGGAUCGCUGAGGGAGAGCAUCCUAAGGAUAUUCACGAAGCAGACUACUUUACGGAAAGAGGCGAAUAUCGAGUAGAUUCAGAAGCUUCUAAAACGAUGUUGAAUUGUUUAAUGUAUAAAUUAUCAUAUUAUAGAUACGACAGUGGCGGCAGUCCGCCGGGCUACGACCGCACGCGCGGCGCGCUGCCCGGCAACCGCGGCUUCAAGCUCACCUACCUCGAGGAGGCCUACACUACCGAGCACUGGCUCGUCAGGAUAUACAGGGUAAAAAAGCCAGAUGAGUUCAAUCGCCCGCGCUUGCCGCUUUCGAAAAGAACGGUGCCGACAAGUAACUCCAUUUCUAAAAAGCUUGCAUUAGGAGGCGGACCGACGGUACAGUAAAACUGUUGAGUUCUGUUUGACUGAUACAUCGAAAAGACGAAAAGGUAUGAUGAAGAACAAGCCGAGUAUCGUGAAGGGUAAGAAGGCGGUGAAGCUGGAGUGACGCCGCGAGCGGUGCGGCGCGCGGCGGCCGCCACACGCACUACACGCACACGUAUAGCGGGGCCGGGGGACAGAACAGUUAUAGAUACUAUUGCAAUCACGUCAGAAGAUACGUUUUAGUAUGAGCACGAGUUCCAACUGUCAGAAUAUGUACUAAGCCUCUAGACAGACGGACUGCAUUUCAACUGCAAUCCUGCAAAUUGCAGUUUGAAUGCAGUUCUGCAAACCAAAUGUGCAGUCUGUCUGUCUAGAGCCUUAGUCACCGAUCGUAAUAGGCUUUCUACCUAGGAUAUUGGGGUAUUGUAGUUUGGUGUGAACGAAAACUACAAGAUGCCACACGCAAUCCGCUGCGGAACGUUUACUCAGUGAGUGACUGAUUGAUUACACGGAUGGUGUUAAACGACACUAAAGCAAUAAUAAACAAUUUUAACAUAUCACACUGGUUCCUUAAGUAAGGUUAUGGUAUUUGGCUCUACUAGUUCAAGUACUUAUUAGUUGAGAGUCAAGUCUUGUAUAAAACGUAACUUCUGACGAAAUGAACUCCUCGCGAUCGAAGGCCUAAAGUUUGGACAAGAAAUAUUGAAUAUUAUUUUUCAUGAGUACAAAUUUGUCUGACUGUAAAUUAUUUAAAACUAGUUGGAAUUAUUCAAUUAUUAUUGUCUUAAAUUACUAACAAUUCGAUAUCGUCGAUAAUAUUCAAUAUUUGUGUGUCGGUGUGUGAGUGUUUCCUACGGUUAUGGAGAUAUAGGUAUGUGGACUGUGUGUCGAUAAGUGAUCAUACAAACACGUGGCCGCCGCCGAUGUACUAUAAACUGAUGACUGACACCAAUUAUGUAUGUAUCUUAGUCCAUUAGAUAAAAAAUGUUUCUAAAAAUAAUUAUUUAGUUUGUUCUAGCACUGGGUAGAUUGGUGUUUAAAAUAAGUGUUGAGUUGGUCUCAUGGACACGUCUAGAUUGCAAUAAUUCAAUGAAUUUUAUUAUUAGUACAGAAAAUAAUAUAUUAUACUUUAUGUACGUGCGAAUAGUGUCGAAUCUGUAAAUACAUGCUUCGUUUACUUUGUAUUUGAAAUUGGUUUCUUCUAUUCCAUUUUGAAUGUUCAUUUCUAUUGUGUGGCGAUACUGCGACCUUCGUUGUAGUGUAUAGUUAUGUAUAGGCUAUCGGUGAAUACCUUCCUGUGUAUUGAGCGUAAUAAAUUGUAUUUUUAAUAUCUUGACUCGUGAACAGAUGAUUAAGCAAUUAUAUCUUCAUGUUGAACCCCGUCUUUUGGUGUAGUUUCGUAUACUUUAUAUAUUUCGUCUAUUUUCAAUUCUCUAAGUCCCUUUAUCAUAAUUUAUAAAUGUGUUUCAAUUAAGUCUGUGUAAUAUUCAACAGACUAUCUUGUUUCGAUUAAUGUAAAGGCGCGCUCACAACGCGUGAAGUGAUUACUUGUGAAAGUGGUGAAUUGUACACGCGUCUUUAUAAAAGAAAUAAGAAAUAAAUAAUAUUUGUAAUCGCUACGUCCAUUUGUAUAAUAAUUAAAUUUAUAUUUAGCGCUAUUUGUCCGUACGUCUUAAUUUUCAUAUAAUUUAUAAAAUUAAAUAAAAUAAUAAUAAUAUUUACCUCGCUACACUACAGUACUUAUCACAAAUUUUGUGUAACUUUGUUACAUUUAAGAAUGUUGAAAGAAUGCAAUAAUGUUUGUGUCCUGUUAAUUAAAAAAAAAAACUUAUCUUAAUUAGAAACUAACCAAAGUAAUUCAUUUCGAUGGGUGUCCAAUUGUUGAAUGUAUUGUCAAAUUCAUUUGUAUUUAGCAAUUUUAAACGUAGUGGAUAUCUUUAUUAUAAUUCCUUAAUAAUACCUCUUUUUUGUCUUAACUUUUUACAUAGACGUGCUAGGUAUGAAACCAGUGUUUUACUUCUAAGAUUUCCAGUGUGUUUAUGUCAUUUUUCCUUAUCACAAGUCACUCAAUAAUGAUGCAUUUAAGUCUCGCAUUUUAAACCACUACGCUUUGAAUUGUUAUAUAUAUUUUUAUUUAUAAAAUUAAAUAUAAAUUCUUGUUCAGUAAUUGUCAAUGAUAUAAAUUUUAAUAAAAAACGUGAAUGAUGUAAUUCUGUGGGUGUUAUUGUGUUACGUAUUUUUAUUUUAUUGUUGUCCACCUUUGUUUUGCGUAAUUGUAACAGAGUUUUAUCGAUCUGCAGUUAGGAUUCAUUGUGCUAACAAUGUUCUUAAUAAACAGAUGGAGACAA